AUGGCUCUGCUGGUCUUCGAGACCCGAGCGCCGAAGCAAGCAGGCUCUGGGAUAGAAAUACAGCUACAGCUGCCAGCACCUUGGGCAGCGGAGAUUCAGAUGCUACGGCAGCGCGAUGAGAAGAUUGGUCUCCAGCUAGAAAAGCUGCUCCAGAAGGUUGGACCAAAGCUGAAGAAGGAGGCUAAAGGGGCGCUCGUGGACGAUGCUGGCGAGCAACUACCAGGCGACUUGCCGGCCUGGUCUGCCUGGCCACGAGCUCGCUCUCUGCACCUGGAGGCGGCCGCGGAGAAGUUGGAGGUGCCUGUCUACUGGGACCCGCCGGUGGUGAGCAAGUGCCGGAUGACCAGCGACUGCCCUUUGGAAGGGGUUCCGCUUCUCGCAGAGGCCGAACAAACGGGCUGCGAUGCCUCGAGCUGCUCCUGGACAUGGCAGCGCCGGGCGGCGGAGGCGCCAAAGCAGGAGCAAUGGUGCGAUGUCGCCACAGGCCCUAGAUAUCGGCCUUCAUCCGCAGACGUGGGGUGUCUUCUUCGCGUGCAGUGCGAGCCUCCGCCGCCGGGCAAAAAAGCUUUCAGCGCGACAAGCAAGCAGCCCGUGUCGGCAGCACCCAUCGACGCCUUCCGCUGGGAGUGCCUGGCUGAACCGUGUGCGAAGCUGGGAAUGCGCGUACUGACUUACAACAUCCUCGCGGACAGCUGUGCCACGCGAAAGACAGCGCAGCAGACGACCUUCUCCUACUGCGACCCUGCAAUCCUGGUUGCCGGUCCCCGGCGGCAGCGGAUACUUCGAGAUCUGCUCUUGAUCGAUGCGGACCUCAUGGGCCUUCAAGAGGUUGACAUCGGCCAACGUGCUGCUCUGGAGCCGCCACUCAAGGACGCUGGCUGGGAUGCGGCUUUUGCGGGCAGGCAGGGCUGCGCCUGCGGGCUGCUGUGGCGCCGCGCCCGAUUUGUGCCCGAGGAGCCGGCCCGUGAGUGGACACUCAGCGGCGCUGUGGACAAGAUCCCGGGACUCUUCGAAGCUGAGGUCGCAGCCAUCCAGGGCCAUGAAGCAACUUCGGCUUCGCUGGCUCAGGUGCAAACCGCAGCCCAGAGCGUGAUCCUGAAAGACGUGCUGACAGGGAGGCGCCUCCUUGUCGCGAACACCCACCUUUACUGGCACGCCAAUGCCAACCACAUCCGUUUGAUUCAGCUGCAUGCUCUCCUCCGCGUGCUUGCCAAAGAAGCGGCCCGCGUUUCGAACGGCGCGCCUGUGGCCGUGCUGCUGUUUGGGGAUUUAAAUGCGCGGAAGGGCUGCUUCGGCCCCUCCGACCGGGGCUGCUGCCCCCAAGCUGCCUACCGGCUGAUCCGGGACGGCGAAAUCCGCCGGGAGGACCCGGACUGGCGCUUCUCCAUCUGGCAACCUUCCGCCGAAGGCGCCGAAGCCGAGGUGGCAGCGACGGCAAACGGCCGCUGCAUUUGCUGCCAGGACUUCGGUGUUUUCCCGGGCCUGGGAACCUGUCCACUCUGCGACGGCGAGGGCUUCGGUUCAGAGCCCCGCCUUUCUUUGGACCUGCAGCGGCCCCUGGACCUGGAGGAUGCCAACGAGCACCUCCAGGUAACGAACUUCACCAGAGAUUUUCAAGAGUGCCUGGACUACAUCCUCAUCGACCGACAGUGCCUCCGGGUGGCCAGGCGUUUCCCUGCUCCAUCCUUGGAGGCUCUGCGGCGGCACACCGCACUGCCCUCACCUGAGUUUCCGUCAGAUCACGUCCCUGUCUUCACCGAGAUUGAGUUCAAGUGA